AAUAAAAUAAUGACUAAUAAUUAUAUUUUCCUUUUAAAAAAUGCUUUCAAAGAGGAAAUGAGUGAUCUCUCGUGCGUUUCCAGGAGUUUAAUGGGUGAGGAGGUGCGUCUCGUUUGGGAAAACAUCACGUGCUUCCAGCAGAUUCACUUAAAGGAGCGCGCGCCCCUCAGAGCCAGAGGAGAAGAGGAAAGGAGCUGAGGAGGAGAGGGAGUGUCUGGAUGCGUAAAAGUUCAAUUUAAAAAAAAGUGUCUGUUGCCCAAAUGGAAAUCCUGUGUGUUUCCCUCCUGGCCUGCGCCUGUUUGCUUCACCAAGCUGAUGGACGAAGAACAUAUGGUGACAUAUUCCCUCACAAGCACUCAGCAGCGCAGACGUUUCCAUUUCCAGCUCCACCCAUCCCCGGCUGGCAGCCUGACACCAACCCAUGGGAUGAUUACCUCUACCCACCUCUAAACUCAAAGCUCAGCGAGCCCAUGCGUCACAGAGGUAAACCCAAAGUCCAUCUGACCAGUGACAGCCCAGCUCUUAAUGGCUCAAAUAUAACCUUCACCGCCAAGUUGGAGUAUCCUCCGUGUCAGAGGGAAGAUGCUAACGGGGAACUGGUUUGGGACGAGCGCUGUGAGGAUGCUACUGAGCUGGAGGCCUCAGCCAACGGACAGGUUCGAUCUGGUUACGUGUACAACUGGACCUCCUGGUUGGACGACUAUGGCUUUGGAAAGUGUCCAGAUGUGAAAAAGUGUAACGUGUACCCUGACGGGAAGCCCUUCCCUCAGAGCAAUGACUGGAGACGCAAGAACUAUGUCUACGUUUGGCACACAAUGGGUCAGUACUAUGAGAAAUGUGGUGACUCYUCCGCUAGUGUGACCAUCAACACAACCAACAUCCCCCUUGGAGCAGAAGUUGUGGAGGUCAUGGUCUACAGGAAGCGUGAGCGCAGGAAGUACAUCCCUCUCUCCACUGACAGUACCGUCUACAUGGUCACAGAUAAGAUCCCCCUGGCGGUCGACAUCUCUCAGAAGUCAGCGGUGAACACGUCGGUUUUCGUCCGUGGCGAGGACAUCGUCUUCAAGGUCAAGCUCCAUGACCCCAGCGGCUACCUAAAGACGGCAGCUUCGGUCGACUUCAUCUGGGACUUCAGCGACGGCAACCAGCUGGUGACGCACCGUGACGUGAUCACGCACAAGUACGACACACUGGGCAACAUGAGCGUGAGCCUGGUGGUGGAGGCAGCAUUCCCUGCUGAGUGCAUGCCCACCUCCGCCACCCCAACUGCGAGACUGCACACGUCGCCACCUCACAAAGAAACCUCCACGCCUCCUCCCAUUACCCACUCUUCUACAACUAGCAGGCAGACCACACCAAUACCAGCCAGCACCAGCCAGGCCCUUACCUCCUCCAACACUUUCACGACGAGUGAGUCACCCACGACUGAGCCGCUUCCCUCCACUGACUCCACAGAGUCCACCACCAGMCCCCUGCCCUGGCUCCGCGCCAGGCGGCUCAGCGGCGAUGGGUGUUUUCGCUACGCCUAUGGGUCCUUUACGGGCAACAUCACUAUCAUUGAGCCAAAACACGUGCUGAACAGCUGGCCAAAAAGUCGCAUCGUGGCYGUGUCAGCCGUCAGAGUGAGCAACACUGACGUCAACUUCCGGGUGAAAUGUCUUGGCAGCAUCCCCACCUCAGCCUGCACCAUCGUGUCGGACCCCGGCUGCUCUCAGGUGCACAGCAUCACSUGUGACGACCUGCCGCCGUCGUCAGAGUGCGAGGUGCACCUGAGGCGGAGGUUUCUGGAACCGGGCACCUACUGUGUGAACAUCACCCUGGAGAGUUCGAGCAGCAUGGCUCUGGGCAGCACCACCAUCACCAUCAGCAAGUCUCAGGAACCUCCUGGGCCUAAAACUCCCAACACUGCAGGGGUGGUUCUUUCGACGUGCGCCGUGAUAGUGGCGGUCUUUGCCUUCAUUGCCUAUCUGGCCUACAAGCGGAGCAGGGUCUACCGGUCCAUCCAAAGGACACUGGUUAAAGAYGGCCGAGGCCGUGCUGGGGCUGCAGGUCACAUGAUUCGCCUGAAGGAGUCGCUGUUCCCCUCCAGCGAGGAGAGCCGUCACCUGCUGACUGAGAGACACCCUCUGUAGAGAGCAGCAUCCAAUUUCUGUUCUCCAAUUAAAAAAAGUCACGUGAAUACUAAUGUUUUGUGUGUUUUAGUUUAAUCCUAUAAAGCAGUUCAGAUCUUUUGAAGUGAGAUUUUGUGGAAAGAUUUUCUCUCACUGAAACCUUAGAUUUUUUYUUCAUUCUGAUCAGACUGAUGAGCUGACAUGCAGUUAAAGCAACUCUAAUCUCAAAAAUGUCAGUGGCUCACGCAAAUAUUUUAUUUGUAUCGGUUAUUCUGGCAGAAAUAGAUUUUCCUGCAAGAAGCACCCCAGGCUGAUUGAAAUAACAUUCACACUAACCACUAUGAAAUCAAGUCUGAAGUUGUUUUUUAAAAUGGYAUUGGCCCACUUUGGUCUCUCAGACUAGCCGUUAGCUCGUCAYUUCAGUCAAAAUUUUCAAACUGAAAGUUGUUGAAAGAGCUUUCURCAACAGGUAAGAUGUUUGUUCAUAACUCUUCCACAAAACCCCACAACAAAAGAGUUGAGACCUAUGAGUCAUGCUAAAAGCUAAGAAGUAUAUAUUGAAUGUUUAAUUACUAAAGAGGUUAUUUAAUGUGUUGGUACUGAUACUAAAAUGAAUGAAGCUCAAUUAAGCUCAACUCAUGCCCGUUUGWUUAUAAUAAAAAUGUUUUCCAUAAUGUUUGUGUAUCAAAAAAUGCUUUAUACUGUUGAAGUAAUCCGAAAACCUUCCCCUAUUGGCUGUUCACUGCAGAUGAACUUAAGAUGCAAGACUCRAAGACUAACCAAAAAAGGAAUUUAGGUUUGUCUCAGGACAAGUAGUCAUUUUCUGAGUGGUCCAUCAGAGAUUUAWUCAAACUAUUUCAAUCAGAAAAGCACUGCAAAAGUCUGACAAAAUGCUGUUUAGAGAAUUAUUGAAAAAGUGUUUUUCAUUUGAUGCAUUUCCUCCUUUUUUUCACCUUUUAAAAUAAAAAAACUGAGCAGAUGAGAGAAGACUUUACAUCUGGUUCUUCCAACAUAAAAAACUCUUUUGGCCCACGGGCCUCAGGUUUGACAAGCGUCGUAGAUAUUUCAUCAAAAGACAAAUGUUCAUUGCAGAAAAGUUAAACAAGUCAAAUGUGCCUUUGAGCAGAAUUUACCUUAAGUUUUUUGGCAUACAUAUAUCWAAAACAGCAGUACCAUAUCAGUAUCAUCUUGUGAAAUUAUAGAAACAACAACUUUGUUUUUCUCCAUUUUAUUCAGAGGCAUUUGACAAGUGGAGCUGUGUGUGUUAAAGGGGGGGUUUGGGGUAAAGGGGCACAAGCAUGGUUCCAGAAACAGAGGGGUUCAGAGGGAUUAUCAUGCUGGAGUACAAUCUCUUUACCAUAAACAGAAAUUCAGUCCCUCAAGUUUGUGUCACACUUUAAAAAAAAUAGCAGGUUCCACUUUACACAGCCAAGAAAUGCUAACAGAUGAAAUCUAACAAAAUCAGUGAGUGUAGCAUCUUAGAGAUGAAAAAGGGGAAAUGAAAAGACAGGACUUU